CUUUCCUUUUCGUGUCAAGCUCUAGAUCAUAUCCAAAAGAAAGAGAAGCAUGAUCAAUACAAUGAAGGUGUUACAACAUGAACAUCAACUAACUCUUAUAGAUUUAAAUCCAGAAUAUCCAAAUGAUAACGUUUACGAUGAUGAGUAUGAUUUGAUUAAAAAUCAAGCCUUUAAUUGUUCAUGUGGUCUUUGUUCUCGAGAAAUCACUUUUUUUCACAGGUAUUACUAUAAAUGUGAUCAGUGUGACUACUCGCUCCACAAAUUAUGCAAAGAACAACAGUUUCCAACAAAGUUGGAACACGCAUCCCAUGAAAUUUUUCACCCUAGCCACCAGCACCCACUAAUUCCCCUUUUUAAAGAGCUUUUGGCAAAAUGUGAUGCCUGUGGAGAGCAACAAGAAGGAGUUUUCUAUCAUUGUUCCAAAUGUGUUUGUUCCACAUGUGUUUCUCCUUUCAUCCAUAACGAUUGUGCUUUCCGGGAGAAAAGGUUGCACAUUCAACAAGAUGCACAUGAUCGUUUCUCUCAUGCUCAUCCACUCAUCCUUACGUACUCCUUUCCAAAAGCCGACCAAGAAGCCAAAUUUAAUCCUCCAUGUAGGAUAUGUGAGCAAUCCUUUUCUAAUUAUGAGAACCUUUGGGUUUAUAAAUGCGAGAAAUGCAGAUAUUAUGUUCAUCUUCAUUGUGCAAAUUUAAGAUUGAAGCCCUCCUAUUCAGGUACGGAUAUAACCAUAUCAAGCAAUAACGAAGACGAUUCUAAUGUUCUCCAUCUCCCAUUCACCGAUCAAACUUACAACAUGAUUAGUGAUUUUCUUUUCAAGAAAACUAUUGAGAUGAGUCUAACUCAUAAUAGUCAUAAGCAUCCACUGAUUCAUGUGGACACACCAACCUCCUCAAGAAUACCAAAAUUAUCCUUUCAUGAUCUGAUGAAUAAGAAUGAAGCUUUAUGCAAUGGAUGUCUGAGACCAAUCACGGACGACAUGGCGUUUUACAAGUGCACAUUAAAUGAUCAGGUAUGCAACUUUGUUCUCCAUGACUGGUGCACCCGGUUGCCUGCUGAAUUAAAAGGCUAUAGAGGUCACCCAAAACAUACGCUUCUUCUCUUGCCAAAGGCGCGCCAUAAUGUUCUUGGCGCGUUUGUAUGUAACACAUGCGACGGUUUUUGCAAUGGAUUUGUUUACGCUUGUGAAGAAUGUAGUUACUACGUCGAUGUUAUUUGUGCACUCCUACCCAAAAAAAUCAUACAUAAAUCUCAUCCAAAUCACCCACUUUCAAGAGUUGAGAAAAGACUGGGCAAAGAUCGUUGUCGUAUGUGUUUGCGUGAUUUCGUGCAUGACAAAGAAGUCUCGCUGAGUUGCGAAACUUGUAAAUUUCAUCUACAUCCCGAGUGCGCUAUCUCACUACCCCAGGCAAUUACGCACAAGUAUGACAAGCACCCAAUGACCCUAACUUACUCCCCAGCUGAAAACUAUGGUGGUGAUUAUUUCUGUGAAGUUUGUGAGGAGGAACUUAAUCCUAAUGCUUGUUUCUAUCAUUGUGAUAAAUGUGAGCAGUCCAUGCAUUCAACUUGUGCUCCAUUAUUGCCUAAAAGCAACACAUAUAUCUAUGACUAUGGGUUAAGUGUGACAAGUGUUUCUGGUUUGGUGAACAUAAAGUUCGGAAGCAUUCAUGAGACUCAAGAUCAUGAACACCCUCUUUUGCUUAUGCAAGGGACUGAAAGUGAUGGUGAUUGCACCAAGUGCCAUGGCAGAUUGAAUGGCUUUUUCAUCUUAAAGUGUCUAGAGCGUAAGUUUGCGAUUCAUAUACAUCAUUACUGGUGGUGAUGCUUCAUCUCUUUGAUAUGCACGUUUCAAAUAUUGUAUUGUUGAUCAUUCAAUGAUUUCUUUAUGAUAAUAAAUAUAUACCUUU